GGUGCCACGGUCAGCUCUCCGUUCCAUGGAGUGAGGGAAGGGUCGCCUUGAAUUGAAUCGUUUUCCCUCCACAUCGAGAAGAGUUCCAGCUUCGCCCUCUACUUUCUUCCUUGCUGAACGUGUCCUCAAUGGGCCCCCUAGCGCCUGUCGCUAGGACAUGCGCGAGGGACGGAGAGGGAGGCGCGGGAGCAGGAGGAGGAUGAGCAGGAGCGAAGAUCGGGAGUCGGUGGAGGAGUAUGGACAGGAGGAAAGAUACGGCUGUGCCGGAGGAAGAUGAGCAGGAGGGAGGAUAGGGAGAGGGGAUGGACAUGGUUGGCUUUUUGAUUGCGGUGGUGGUUGUUUGAUUUACCUCCUAUCGCCUCUGUCUCCGCCUCCGCCUCCGCCUCCGCCUCCGCCUUCGCCUCCGGGCCCGUGUGCCUAACCUCCGCCGAAUGAAUCCAGGCAGCCCUACUUCAGGGAUGCCCCCUUACUCUAGGAGGGAAGCGUACAGGGGAGGUGGUUGACAAGGUCCUCGUCAAAGACAAGAGAUUGAAGCCCAGGAUCAGAGGGACAGGUGGUACAGUCAUGCGAGGACUAGAAAAAGAGAGUGGGUGUAAACUCCAGUUGGAGGAGCUUGCCAGUGAUGGGUCCUUCAAUGUGCGGGUCACUGGACCAAAUAGGAUGGUGGUUUUGAAAGGUAAAGAAGUGAUAAAGAACUUUGUGAAUAAGAUCAUGGAAGAGGGGAGUGGAAAGAGAAGGAUGGAUGGUGUCGUUGGUGAUGACAAUGAUCGCCGUGCGUCCAAUGAUGCUCAUGGUUCCCGGAGGGAUGGGGGGGAUGGUGAUCUGCGCAGUGCUGAUGUCGAUAACCAUGGAGGAGGCUGGGAUGAAUCAUGGAGAUCAUGGGCUGGUUCCUCAGUGGGAAACUCUAAUCCCGAGUCUCGAGGGCUAGGUCCUGGUGGUCCUUGUGACUCCAUGCUAGGAUCCGGUCCACGUGGAGAGGUAGGAUCGGUGCUACGAGGAGAGCUGGGCGGCAGUCCACGUCGUGAACCAGGAUCUGGAAUUCGAGGCGAUUCCCUGCUUGGGCCGUACGGUAACUAUGGCGACAGAGGCUAUUCUUAUGACAAGGGUUCUCCAGGUCGUCGAGCAGGUUGCUAUGCCGGGCCCUACAGUGGGCAUGAGGGAGAAGGAAGCUGGCGCAAACCUGAACGACCCCCACAGACGCUAGAGGAGCUGGAACAGUUGUUUCUGCAAGAGACAAUAGACCUUACAAGGACUCCGAACGUCGAGGAGGAGACGGAAAUUGCUCGUCACAGGGAGGAAACAUUUAGGAUUCGUGAAAUCUCCAAAUGGUUUGCGACGGCGAAUCUGCAAGCGGCAGCUGUUCCGCGAGCUUUGGAAGUUUGUCGCCACAUGGCACACAAUCAGUCAAUGUUGAGAGGUCCACAAGUGCCCCACCAGCUCCUGAAGAGUCCUCAACUUGUAUGCGUUCGGCGAGUUCCACAGAGUCUUUUGGGUUCACAGAAUGGGGCACAAGGGCCACAGAAUGGAUCACAAGGUCCACAGAGAGGACCAAAGACUCUCCUCGAGUACGUAACUUUGCAUCAGUUCGCACAGCUGACCAAGGUACGGGAUGCUGAUUCUGCUGCGUCCCGAUCAGCAGAGUUGUCGAGAGGCUGGGGUGAUCCUGCUCCCAACAGAAACACACUGGAUAGUCAAAAGGACAAACAGGGGGAGAGAUUGGGAGGAGAGAAGGAAAGCGUGGAGGAGAGGAGCAAAGAAACUGACGUAGAGGAGCCAUGUGUAAAGGACUUGAAAACAGAUACAGCAAAGCUGAACUUAUGUGAGGAAAAAGUGCAAGGAGCAGGAACAGGAGAGACUUGCAUAUCGAUAGAGGACAGGUCAGGAGAUGCAGCUGGUGAUGGUUUAGUUGCUGAAUGCGACAUGCGGACAGGUGGUAGUCAAAAUGGCACAGUGGAACCAGCAAACGAGGACAGUAACGUUGCAAUUGACACAGCUGCAGUGAGAUCUUGUGUUGCAACGGCACGUGUAAGGAUUCUUAAUGGCCAUGAUCAAGCGAAACCAACAGCUGUGGAAGCGGACCCGAACACGCGCCGAGAGUGUGGCUGGAAUGACUUAAUGCCACCCAGCGAAUAUCUGGUGUGCCAUAAUGGCAACUGUGUUUCUGUAGGAAAGCCGCAACAAGGCAGCCCACCAAAUGGAGCCAAUAAUACCCCUGUGCAAUCGACAAAUUUCAAAAAGCCAACAAAAGGCAAGAGAACACAUUUGAUGAUGGGUAAGUCCAUUGCUAUCCAGCAGGCCAAGGCUUCUCUUCGUUUGCGCGAUCUGGGGUUGCAGGCUGAAGCGAGGAAGGACUGUGCAGUUCCUCCCUCAUCCAGCGAGAAUGGUAAUCGUCAUGAGCAUGAGGCCUCUUCAUCCGAUUGCGAGAUUGAGCAUGAUCGGAUGACUAGCCAAAUUUGUCCAGGCACUGGGCGGAAUGGUAUUCGUAAGAAACGUCGAAUGGUCACCAAUCAAAAGCUUGUUCCUCCUGCACUUGAUGGGAACCAUUCUUUGGAUCUCUGUAGAAACCGUGAGAAGCAAUCAGACUCAGCAAAGCUUAAUGGGAAGGUAGAGCCUGAAAUAUGCAGGAGGCCCAAGAGAGAGAGGAGUGCUCCCUAUUGGCUGGCUCAGUUUCAUCAUGUAGAGGUGCCAGGUGCUGUAACGCCGGCCUUCCCGAAGGAUGAGGUGAAAAAGACCCCAUCAACAUCACACAUCGCUCCUGUUAUCACCCGUCCGAGAAAUGGGAGUGGAUCAGACAAGGUUUGUUCAAUUGUUGGUAGCUGGAAGCAGGGCAUGACUGCCAAGCAAGCAUCAAGAAAGGGACGUUUUGACACGGAUGAGAAGGUCGGUGCAGAGCUUGCAAACGAACAUGAGGACUGCAGAAUUGGUGGUAAAACCACUGUGGAUAUGAGCCGAAGUCCAUUGCAACCAGUGGAGACGAUGCAGAGGAAUGGCCAACUGGAAGGGGGUUCCACCUCAUCAGAGGAAAAGGACAAGCAGAUGGAAAAGGAGAAGGAGAGAGGUGUAAAACAUCCAUCAAAAGCUGAUGGAAAAGACAAACCAGAUGGGGGCUCAAGGGAGGGCAUCGGGCCAAAAGCGGGGAAGACAUCAAGGCAGAAGAAAGGAGGGAAUGGAAAACCGGCGGGUCCGGGACUCUCUGUUGCUUGUCCUCGUCGAGAAACUAGCCCAGUUGGACAUGAAAAUGAGGAUAGCCCAAAGGCGGUGUGUCUCGCAAGGGUGACGAGUUCCUGCGAGUUUGCUGAGGCACAGCUAAACUCACAGUCCCCAUCAUCUUCGAUGUCACCUGUGCAUGUGAAGGAAUGGGAAAGGCUGGCGGACUGGGAGCAGCUGCCUUCUCCAGCUGUGUCGCCAAGAGCAGCUCGAUUGAUUAUGUCCCCCUUCUCACUGUCGGGGAGAUCUCCCUCCCCAACGCGAACAAGAUCCAGAUCUGUGUCAAGAUCCCGAUCGAGGUCAAGUUCUCCAUCCCCGUCCUUGCUGCCAUCGUUGGCCGCUGCAGUCCUGACAACACAGACGCAUGGUCGGGGAAGAACCUCCCAGCCGCUCUAUGCUGUGAAACACCUUCAUUCUAAAAUGAAACAGGAAAUGGAGGCGAAGGCAAAGGCCAGGCUGGCAAAGGCGAAUCCUAGAGGGUGCCCAGUUCAAAUGGCAGCUCUGACGCCAGAUGAUCCCAUGCUCACGACUGUUGAUUCACAACAGGAAGUGGUUGAUAACCCUACGGAGGAGGUGGCGAUGGUCCACGAUCAUUAUCCUGAUGUGCAGCCAACCACUUUGCCAAUCCCAGCAUUUCGUCCAGUGCUCAGGCAGAAGCAGACACCCAGAGGGGGUAAAGGUACCGACAGGUUGAAAGUACAUGACGAAGCCCGGCCUGCAGUUGCUGCUUCUCCUACUGUCAGAGUGGUCCAGCAAGUGGAAGAGCAGGACCCAACAGUCUUGCACUUGUUUCCUACAGUGCAGGAAAUGCAGCGGCAGAACAUGAAUGGUGGGGAUGCCAUGCGGGCACAGCUGAUGGGUGGCCAGGCGAGUGCAGGUGUGGAGAAUGUUGAAGUAGAGGAGGAGGAGAGAUCGGGCUUGGAGGUUUGUUCUGAUACUUGCAGCCGGGAUGCACUCGGGUCAUGGGAACGGGUAGGCUUGUAUGGUCAGACGAAGGAGGGAACACCAAACAUCGAGACCAAAGAAAUGGAAGGACGGAUACAACAAGCAGAGCAUGAUGACCGGGACGAGUGUGAUGACCAAGGAAAUGAUAAGGUAAGGCCUGCUGAUGAGUCUAGGGCCAAUGUGAGAAGACUAAGAUAUGCAACAUUCAAGGGAUGCAUGUGCUGCGAGUACGCCUAUUGGGACAAGCGAAAGUGUCGGCGAAUAGCAGGUAAGGAUAAUAGGCCCUAGCUGAAAGGCCCAGCUAAGGUUGAAAGGGCUUAGCCAAAAGACCCAGCCUUCUGUAAUAGAUGUUCAAUUGUCGAGUUUACAGUUGAAGCACAGUGUCAUGAGCUGCAUGCAAGGCAGGAAUGGAUGUAUUCAACGCACCUGGUCUGGUUUGUUGUCCAUGAGAUUUCGAGUUUUUGCAUGAGCACUGGAGCAUGCUGACGCAGCCGUCUUGGUGCUCCUGAGGGAGGCUCAGCAAGAGGGAGAGAGAUAUAGAGGGGCAAUAGCACUAGCCGGUUCUACAGGGGAGAUGCAAGUCCACUGCUUGUGGACCUGGUGCCAUGUGCAAGGCCAGAUGUUUGAGGAAGAUUGGGAUGUGAAGGAUGCUUCUACAUGAAACGAACUGCAGGUUCAUGAGGUUUAGGUUUGCAGGCUUAGUAUUGACUGCAGAUUGAAGGCGCCUUGCUUUGCGGGAUGCACAGGAUGGUGUCUGUGCCGCCUUUUCAGGGCUGGAACGAACACAAGACGGAAGAUUGACACGUUGCUGCGCUCCAAGUGCUUUUUACGGUACCUGUUUGUGCAUUGGGUGGUGGAUCGGUAUUCAGCACCGAAAACAGCUCAUUGCUGAGAAGGCUGACCUUCCAUAAUUUUCAGCAAGAUUGGUGUCAAACAGAGCACUGGAUAGCGCAUCACUGUACUCGGGAAUUGUGGUGAAGGCGUGGAGGUGGGUGGUAGGCGGCGGCAUCAUCCAUCCUGCAUUCUAGUGUAGCCUCAAAGAUUGUCUCUUGCUAUGAUGGCAUGCGCAACUAGGAUUGCUUGCAUGUGGAGGAUCGUUCAUUGGAACUCGGGGGCACGCCUGGGUAUCUAUCACUCAGUUGAUUCUGCCCCUUGAUGGUUGUUUGCAUCAGUUGUGUUGCCGGUCUGCCUCCUGCCUAGGUUGUGAGCCCCAGAGGCCUGCAUCUACGAAAUGCAUGGCACAGUAAUUGCGGUGAGGAAGUCGUACCUCUUUUCAUGAAAAGCGAGUUGAGUAUUGUGCUUGAUCCUUGUAAAGAGCAUGGCUGAAUGGUAAGGUGAAUGGCCCGGUCAUCCGUCGGCUCAACAGAUGUGAAUACAUGUUUAGCUCUAUUAAUUUGAAUCAUUUGUAGGUGUAGUCUUAUGUCUUGGAUCCGCAGUCGGCACGUCUGCGGAUAUGUAGCUGGUCAGUGUGCCCCUCAACUUGUGCAAUCUCUGUGAAUACAUGCGCUUCAUUUGUUUGACCAGCUCUCCAAUGUCAAAGUCGUACGGCUGCCAGGUGGUGUGUCUGAUGCAUCAAUGGUAUACGACCACGUUCAAUACACUGACGGCUGUCAUUGCAUAAUACAUGUACGUCCUGGCGACAAAACCUUGAACCCUUGGAGGGCUGAGUUUUGGGGAAAUCAGCAACCAACAAGGUUGCCUUGUCGGAAGGAUUCCAUGGUUUCGAGUAUCGUGCAGCUCAUGAUUUUUGAAGGGGAAUCGGUCGCUGAGGGGGGAAACUUUCCCCUGAAUGUGAAACCUUAGAAGACAGCAUUUCGUGUAACAAGAGGUUAGGACGAAGGUGGGUGUAUGAUGUGAAGGAAGCAAGAUUGCUGUUCACUAUCCUGUCUCACUAGGAUGGUCCGCAUCCGUGCGGCUGCUCAUGGGAGGAUUGGCAGCCAACAAAUCUGUCAAGUGUGU